AGGCCUAAUCUAAUUGCUUUUCUGAAUAAAAUAAUGUACAAUGUAUAAUGAAUAAUGUGUAAUAAAGUUCACUGCUUCUACUUUCUUCACACCUCUCCUCCCUCCGCUCCUAAAUCUUUCCCGCUCAGUAAAGUGACCAUCUUUUUAGCAAAGAAAACACAGAGAAAAGAGAAUGAACAGUACAUCACCAACAAAUUCAUCAGUAUCAACAACAGCAAUUAUUGGAGGUGGAGGAGGAAGUGUUAGCAAUGCUGCUUUGGAUGAUUUUCAUUUCCCUUCUGAUUUAAUUUCCAUCCAAGACCGCAAAGAUGAGGCGAUGCUUGCACUAAAAACUGAUCUGAUGGCUGCACUUAACAAGGAGGUUAAAUCCUUGGAUGAAGAUAACUGGAAGUUUGAAGGGCCUCGUUCUCGUAUUAACCUUAUAUCAAGACCAGGUGGAUUUCUAAGCAAGAAGUUGGAAAUAACAAAGAAAAAGAACUUGGCCUUGCCGAAAUGAUUUGUAAUUCUUCAGACAGCCUGCAUCUUUUGCAUCAAUUGACUGUUGGAUUUGAGAAGAGAGAAACAAUUAUAAGUUGAUCAAUUCCAAGACGAAAAGAACCAAUGCCAUGACAGUCCUGUUGGCCUGCUAGGAAUUUCUUUGCUUUGUCCGCAGUGACGGGGCCAUACACCUGAUUUAGCUUAGAGCACAUCAACAGUCUUGUUCCCUUUGACUGUAAAUUUUAGGCCUUUCGCUCUGAAGUUGUUUUUCUUGGUUGAACCAAUCUUGCAACCAACUCUAUGAUGCUUCUAAAACAUAAACCUUGGAGUUGAGGUGGAAAAGGGUUUUCAGAAGA